AGAGAAGCCUCAAGAUGGCUGACUUCGCUGUGCUCCGCUUACCUCACCGCAGCUGCUACUGCGGUAGCCCCGGCGGUCGCCCCCGCCAAAAUCCCGCUCGUCAAGCCGACCGAAGCGAAGGGAGCCCCUGACAGCCGCUCUCAGUCUUCCCGGGAUUUCAACCCGCCGCCGCCCAAGAAGGUCCGAGUGGAGGAGAGGAGCGGUAAACCCAAGAAACUCAGCAGGGAAGGAGGUGUGGGAGGCAACGGUAGCGGCAAAGAGAAACUCCAGCAGCCCACGAAGCUACAGAGUUAUGGCAGCAGUGCGGGCUUGUGGAGCUUCAGCCCGGUUAAGACGAGUAGCAACAACCCUCCGGUGCCUGCUACUGUUGGACACCAACCACCGACAAACACGCAUAAAGUCUUUAAACAGAGCGAUUUCUUCCUCCACAAAGCGCCUUCCUCCUCCAAACCCAAGAAACCGAGUAAAGAUAAACAGCGCGAGAAAGAGAGGGAGAAGGGGAAAGGAGGCGGAGAGGAGAAAAAGAAAACUAAACUAUUGGUGAGCUCCGGACCCGGGAAUAAUGUCAGUAACAACAACAACAACAACAACAACGAUAUCGGCAGAAUUAAUAACACUUCUGCAGUGAAAAGAGAAAAUGGGGAGGUCAUGCUGCCACCCAAAGAGCACUCCGACAAGGCAAAAGAGAGAGACCGAGAGGAGAGGGAGAAGAAGAAGGUCAAAGACAGAGAGAGAGAAAAGGAGAAGAAGAAGCACAAAGUGAUAAACGAGAUCAAGGGGGAGAACGGAGAAGUCAAGCAGCCGAUUAAAGGUGGAAGAAAAAAGAAGAAGAAACACAAAGAGGGGGAGAAGCACAAACGAGUGAAGAUGUACCACCGCUCCUGCCAAACCAUUUGUGCUGGCCUGUUUCUCCUCCCUCCAUCCUCUCCAUCUCCCACCUCUUCUUCCUCUUCUUCCUCAUCCUCUGAUCCCUCUCAUAACUCCUCCCUGUCUCCAUUUAAGUCCCCUCUACCUGUUUACCCUCCACCCAACAACAAAACUGCACAUUUCCUACCUUCCUCGCCUCAUCUCGCCCCCAAAUCUCUCUUAAACUGCGCUCUCCUCGACUCCCUCAACUCUACGUCGUCCUCCAUGAAGACGCAAACCAAACACCAGUGCACCUAUCCUGGCAUGGGGGGCCUGGAGUUUGCUCCAUACAUCCACAUAGAGAACCAACCUAACGGAGGUGCCCUGGUGGCCCACGCCUACACGUCCCAGCUCUCCUCUCUCUCCAUGGGCGAGAGGCAGAGAUUUGCCCAGGAGUUUGUCACCUUGGCUUUCAGCGAGGACUCAUCCCUGGCAGCUCAUUACGUCAUGGGAAUUGUCCACGGAGAAGCCGGCUACCUGCCUGACUUCUUGGACUACUUCUCAACCAAGUUCCCAACAGCACCAGUCAAAAUGGAAAUACUGGGAAAGAAGGACAUCGAAACCACCACGAUGGUUAAUUUCUACUCUCAGGUGAAGAAAACGUACAGUAAUGGUACAUACAGAGCCGGGGCAAUGAGACAGAUCAGCCUGGUGGGAGCCGUGGACGAGGAGGUUGGGGAUUAUUUCCCAGAAUUCCUAGGCAUGCUCGAGGAGUCGCCCUUCCUGAAGCGGACUCUUCCCUGGGGAACGUUCUCCAAUCUGAAGUCGAUGGAUCCCACAGAGAGCGAUGACGGUCCCAUAAUGUGGGUCAGACCAGGAGAACAGAUGAUACCUGUAGCUGAUAUACCAAAGUCCCCUUUUAAAAGAAAACGCUCCACCAACGAGGUGAAGAACCUGCUGCAGUCGCUACCCAGGACCAGCGAGCCCAGAGAGAUGCUAUUUGAGGAUCGGACUCGAGCCCAUGCCGAUCACAUCGGUCAGGGCUUUGAACGACAAACCACAGCAGCCGUGGGGGUGCUGAAGGCCGUGCGGGCUGGAGGAAGCUCAGAGCCUCCUCGUGUCACCAAAGACGUCGUGUGUUUCCAUGCUGGUGAUUUCCCUCAUGUAGUUCAGAGGCUGCAGCUGGACCUAUACGAACCUCCGCUUUCUCAGUGUGUGCAGUGGGUGGAUGAUGCCAAGCUGAACCAGCUGCGUCGCGAGGGCAUCCACUACGCCCGCAUCCGCCUGUGCCACGAUGACAUCUAUUUCAUCCCUCGCAAUGUGGUCCACCAGUUCAAGACUGUGUCGUCUGUCUGCAGCCUGGCAUGGCACGUCCGCUUAAGAAAAUACCACCAUGGAGCGGGAGAUGAGGAGGAGGAAGAUGAGGAGGAGCAGGUUGAGAUGAAGGAGAGGAAACCCGUGGAGGAAGAGAGGAGAGAAAAGAAGUGUGAGAAAGGAAUGAAGGAGGAGGACGAGGAGGUUGGUGUGGCAGAAAACGGAGCUUUGCCUGCUGUCAAAAAGGAGGAACAGGAUCCUCACCCGCCUCUCUUGUGUCAGCCCGCUCUCUCAGUGGACUCUAGCAGCGCGAGAGACAAAGAGGUGGAGAAGGUAAAAGAAGGAGGGAAACCCAAACGGCAGGAUUCACCUCCUGUGAAGGUGAAAGCAGAACUUCCAACGCCUCCUCUCUGCAAGAAUAAAUCACCUUUACCUCUUCCUCCUGCCACUCAUCCUCCUCAUCAGGACACAAAACCCAAAGCAGCAUCAUCAAAGCACCUUCACCACCAUCACCAUCAUUCGGACAGCAGAACGACGUCUUCCAGUUCAAGGUCCUCCUCUUCUGCUCCUAAAUCACCCAUCACUAAGUCUUCCUCCUCUUUGUUGGCUUCAGCUGUUACUCCUUCGCGCUCCUCUUUUGCCGCUCCCAAUCCAUCCUCUACCUCUUCUCCAUCUCCUGCCCUGUCCACAUCUUCCUCCGCGUCAACCUCCACUACACCUACUCCCAAGCCUGUGGCCAACUUCUCCAAACUCCCUCCUUCCAGCGUCUCUUCCACUUCCUCUCAGUCAGACCAACCGAAAGAAAAGGUUUUGCUCCGCCUGAAGCCAGACGUCCCCGUCUACUCAGACACGCGGGCGCGGGCGCAUUCGGAGGUUCGAGCAUCACACGGGUCUACCUGCCGUGGAUGCACACACCUCUGCGAGUUCACAAGCAGACACACGGACACACGCGGUAGGUCGAACGGCGACAGACUUACGGACACAAACGCUCCAAGAGAGAUGGACUCACAGUGCGGACUCCAGGGCGCAGAUGCAUCCGCCACAGGACGCCGGGAGACAAGGAGUUUACAUGCAGCAAUACCCACCCCAGCAUCUCCCCCCUCCUCACCUCGCUCACAUGCUUCCCCCGUCUUUCUCCCCUCUCCUGCCACACUCCCACCUUCCUCAUCGUCCGCCAAUCCUCCCCCCGAAUCUGCUGUCCAAUCACUCUGCACAGCCCCAACCUCUGAACUCUUAUCUGGGUCAGAACGCACCGCCACAUUCAGUUCACAUGAGCCAGCUUCACCUGCACCCCCCGCACCAACCAAACUUCUCCGCCCAGUCUCAACCGUACUACCAGCCGAACACUCCCCUCCCCAGCUCCCAGUCUCUUCCUCCUCACCUUCCUCACCAUCACCAGUUCGCCCUGCACGCCAACCCCUUCUACCCCCCUCAGCUUCCCCACUUCUCCCCUCACCACUUCCUCCCCCCUCAGUCUUACCUCCCUCAACCACCCAGCUCUUACCCGCUACAACCACAAUACCAGCCUCAGUCUUUCCCUCACCCGCCUCCUCCUCCUUCGUCCUCGCCGCCUCCCCCUCCUCCUUCACUUCCACCUCCUCCUCCCCCUCAACCUUCCCCUUCUGUCCUCCUCCCUCCCCCAAAGCAUGAAGCGGAGAUUUUAUAGUUUUUGUACAUAAGGAUGCUGUUUUUAAAUGACUGUAUAUGUACAAAGUUUUAUUUUGGUUGUGAUGUAAAUGUAAACAAUGUAAAAAAGACGUGGAUCGGUAUCAGCAGUUUAUAAAGCAGAGUUUAUUCACCCCAGACAACAAUGACUAGUGUACUGAAUGCUUUGGUCGUUCCAGGUCAGAAAUAUUAAGAAUUUUGGCCUUCAGUCAUGUAUGGCUGCACCAGUUUUGACUUUAAAGAUUAUAAUAUUGCUCAAGGUCUGAAUGAUCUCCCUUGUCUGAGGUAGGAAGGAACACAUGUAAACUUCUUCUUUGACAGACUGAGAUAUUUAUAUAUAAAAAGGUCAUGAUGAUGACCUUUUUGUGAAAUUGCAGCUAAUUCUUUCAUUUUUGUGGCUUUUUUUUCUAGUAUAUUGUUUGUGCCCAAGAGUACUGAUGGCUCGAACCAUGACAUCAUACAAUACACUAUUGUUUUGAUGUAAUAUUGCUACAUUCUCUCUACUCUAUUGUAUUGAUAAAUCUUAAUUAAUACAGUAUAUCGCAGAACAUUUCCCUGUAUUUUGAGCAAUAAUGCUCUGCAAUAAUCUGCUGACUAUAAAUAUUAAUGCAUUUCCCCAUUAUUGAUAUGGUGACGGCACGUAUCAGUAUAUUUUAGUCUGACUUCAAAGCCAUUGAAUCAUGUUGGGCGUUAUCAAAUCUGAUUAGUUCAGUUUGUAGUGCUACUAAACAAAAGGAACCCCUCACAUGUCAAUAUAAAAGUAUAUUAAGUUAAAUAGUUUGACAUUUUUGGAAAUGCAUUUAUUUAUUUAUCUUAUUUUAAUUGAGUUUAUCUUGUUUUAUUUUAGCUUAGCAGAAACACUGGAGUCAUCUCUGUGAACAAGCAGAGACUAGUUACAAGUUACUGCUGCUGGUCAAGAAGUGUUUUGUUAUUUAGUGAGCUCUAGAGGUUCUGGUAGGUGCGUUAUGCUAGUUUGGGAUUAGGGCUGCAACUAACAAUUUAUUUUUUAUUAUUAAUUAAUCUUAUUAUUUUCUAGAUUAAUCAUUUAGUCUAUAAAAUGUCAGAAAAUAGUGGAAAAAAGUCCAUCCUAGUUUCUCAAAGUCCAAGGUGUCUUUUGAAUGUUUUGUUUUGUCGUUCCAAAACCCAAAGAUAUUUACUUUAAUAUUAUAUAAAACGGAGAAAAGCAAAGUAUUACCUGUACUCGACACCUGUGGCAGAGCUCUUAGUGUCAUUUUGCUGUGUUAUUGGAUGUGUGCCAGGGUUUCCUAAGUUUAGAAACAGCCCUUCAGCCAAGGACGAAUUGGACCCAGCCAAGGCCGCUACACAGCCCGGCCUUCAGUCUCAGGAAAAGAAACGUUCAGGACACAUCCACCAAUAUAUUGGUCUUCUAAAAGCAGUCCGAGUUACCUUUUUUAGGUAAUUGUUCAAGGUCAUUGAAAUAUUAAAUCUGCAACCUUAUAUCAGUACCUAUGCAGCUACAUUAAGAGCUCGCCAUGAGUUAACUUUUGCUCUCACAGCAUCAGGGGAAGAAUAACAGAAUGUAGUAGGUCAAGACUCAUUACAGCACUUUGUAACAUGGUUAUAUCCACUGUUGAUAUCAUUGGAGAUACUAAUUAUGUCAGAUGAUCAACAGGGCAAUUUCAGGUUCUUCCAAGACUUAUGUUAAUAAUUUAGGCCUCAGACUUCUAUGAUACAAUUGUUUUUAUUUGUUAUGGACGCAUGAAGACACAGCAGGUACACACUGUUGAGAGUUAAUUCCCAAAGCACUAUUUAUCUAUUUAGCUGAAGUCCAGGUUCUCUACAGUGUGGAGCAUCCUGUCUAUUAACAUGUUUUAUUUAUCAACCAGGGACCGGAACGACUUCUUGUGUUUUUAAAAAAGUACAAUAAAUUAUUGAAAUUCUGUUUUAGCGACAACUAUGAAUAUCUUUCUCCAGGCGGUGAACAUCUCUUCUGUCUCACUUUAAUGUUGAAAACUUGGUUUUGUCAUUGAUGUCUUGAUUUUUCUAUCAAUAUUGGAGUACAGCCCACUUGCUAAUGUAGCCCACAACAUUUCCCCAGUGCCUGUCCUUAACUGUGAAUUACUUAAUGGCCCAGAGCCAUAAAGAGAAGGAGUUCUGUGCAUUUUUUUAAAAUCCCAGUUUUUGAUUUCCCCUGGAAAACGAGAGCAAAGCCUUAAAUUGGUCUUGAAAGCCGCUGAAAACUCUCCAAAUAUCUGCGGCGUAAGUUGAGAUGAGUCAAACCCUGUGGCUCGGUGGGACGAUAUCCUAAAAGCAGGGUUGUGUUUUUCAUGAUUAGUCUCGCCGCCAUCCUGCUAAAUUAAAUGUAAACCUUUAGCUCUCUUGCUCAGUUUGCCUCGAAGGAUUUAAUUUUAGAGACUGAACUCUUCACUUUGUGGCUUUGGGGAGAGCGAGGUGAUAGAAAAGCACUUGAUGCCAGUUGCAGGGCGCUCUGCAUCUCUUUUUAUGCUUUUGGGUUUCAGAUGACAGGAACUUCUAUAUUUCUUUUGUACAAAUGUAACACAAUUAUGGUUGAAAACAAAACAAGUCUUCAGGGGCUGGUGUUGUUUUCACAGAGUUUAUUUAUCUCAAGGUUUUUGGGUUGUUUCUGUGAUUUUUAACUGUCAUCACUGUAUUGUACAUAAGAAGUUUUGUAAAGAGGAAAAAAUGUGUAGUGUGGUUUCUACUUUAAAUAUGAGCCUAGCUAAUAAAAGGUUCAAUGUAUGGAAAA